CUGAUGGGAUGUUAAACAGGCUCCCCCAUUCAUGGAUUUAAGUAGGACCACGUGACCACCUAAACAUCCCGUCGCUCUCAGCGGAAUAGCGUUCAGAAUUGACCCAACUUCAUCGUCGAGAGGGACUAGCUAGCAAAGCACUGCAACUUAUGCAAGUUCAAACGAAAUAAAGGGAUAUUUUGUUGUGGUGUUACGUGGAAUAGGCAUCUCAAGAAACUUGGAAGCACGUGGAAUCGAUUCAUGCCUGCAACAACUGUAUAACAGUACCCGUGUUACAACAAUCAGGCUUACUGUUUCCACGCUUGCUUGGAUUGUGUGAUUAGGACUGGGCUUUGCCAAUCUCUUUGAUAUUAAGGAUGGAAAAGCAGAAGAACCAACACAUUGCUUUCAAAGAUGAAGUGGACUUACCAUACAAGGACAAACGAAAGUGGCAAAAUGAAGUCGAGAAAUGGAAAGAAAAGGAAGGCAUGGCAAUGAAGAGUUCUUACUACUACUCGACUUAUAACAGCAUCCAGUACACCACGGAUGCUGUUCCCGAAGAUGCGGAGAAGCCAACUUCGAAAGGAGCAGUCAAAAACAUUGUGGUACUCGGAGUAGCUUUCAUGUUUGUAUAUACUGCUUUUGUGUCAUUACAAAGUUUGCAAAGUACAAUGAAUGCUAAAGAGGGUCUCGGAGUGGCUUCUCUUUGUUCAAUUUACACUGCUACUUUACUGUCAUGUUUCUUUGCACCAUGGAUUAUUCACAAACUCAAAACCAAAUGGACAAUUAUUCUUGCAUUCGGUCUUUUCACUGUCUACGUUAUAAUACAUUUCUACCCAAAGGAUUUUAUGCUGAUACCGACUUCCAUUCUCCUAGGGUUCUUGAUGGGACCUUUGUGGAUUGCACAGUCAACGUACCUAACUACUACAGCGUACAACUACGCCAAGGAGAUGGGUACAGCCUACGACCGAGUCGUCGGGAAAUUCAACGCUGUGUUUUGCAGUGUGUUUCAGCUGAGUCAAAUCUGGGGAAACAUUCUUUCAGCUGCUGUGUUAUAUAAUGACCACACGAAAGUACUGAAUGAGAAUUCCUCCCGGCCUCACCCCUGUGGGGCCCAAGACUGUGGUUGGAACAAUAAUGACUUAAACCAGACUAUGCACGUCGCUUUAAUUCCGGAUAACUCUCUUUAUAUGCUUCUAAGUAUCUACAUUGGCUGUUCGCUGAUGGGGGUAGUCAUCAUUGUUUCCCUGCUGGACGUUUUGGCCCCACCGAAAACUGCUGACAGAGAAUGGCAAUCGGUUCAGGGGAGCUCCAGGACUAUGUUCUGCGCCACGGUCAAGAUGUUCGCUGACCCACGGUUACAUCUCCUAUUCCCCCUGGUAAUUUUCACUGGAUUAGAACAGGGGUUUAUAUUUGGAGACUUUACGAAGUCGUACGUGAACUGUGCACUUGGUGUCCACAAUAUCGGCUUCACCAUGAUUACAUUUGGUGCUAUCACUGCAGCAAGUGCAUUCGUCAUUGGUUUCCUAGUCAAGCACAUCAAGAGGAUAGCUAUUGUAAUCGCUGGUGCUGUCUUUCACGCCAGUCUCAUUCUGGCCCUCUACCUCUGGAAGCCGAGCAUCGAAGACAUUCCUAUGUUCUACGUGGUAGCAGCGUGUCUGGGCCUGUGUGACGCUAUUUGGCAGACCCAGAGCAACACCUUGUUCGGGGUGCUGUUUCCUGAAAAGCAAGAGGCCGCGUUCGCAGCGUAUCGUAUAUUUCAAUCCUUGGGAUUCGCCUUGGCAUUCGGCUACAGUUACUUCUUGUGUGUGGAGACCAAACUCUAUAUCCUCGCUUCUGUGCUCGUCAUAUCACUUGGAUUAUACAGCGUAAUAGAAUUCAGGUUGAAACAGAGUCAUCACAGACAUCAUCAUCGUGAUUGCCACCAUAUCAAAGCACAACUAGUGACGCUGUAAGCAGAUUGUAGUGUCGUCAGUGAUAUUGAUGUACUGUAUUUUCAAUGGCGGUGUGAAAAAGUUAUAAAUUUUCAUGUGGUAAACUUUGUGUGGGACCAUCUAUUCAGGAUGACCCAAAAAAAGUGCCACCCAUGAACAUUUUGAUAAAAUUUAGAAUCGAAGGUAUCCUAUCGAAUCAAGUCCAGAUUAUGAGCUUAUACAUUAAGUUAAAUCUAUGCCUGACUUUCAUACCAAGUUUCACGACGAUGGUCUUUUAGGCUUUGUAGUAUGCCCUUUCAAGAAAAUGGUCAAAACAAAAAAAGGCAUAUCAAGCACAUUUCAUUGUUAAUACGACAGAAACGCAUUCCUGACAGGCUACGCUUUUCCAUGACUGCUAUUGCCGUUUUCAGGUUUUGGAUUGCUUUGGGCUUGUCCUCGUGGAUUUCUGCAGUAGCAUCGACAUGAUCAUGGGUGGGAUUUUUUUAAUCACCCCGUACUGGCAAUAUCAGGGAUACGACAAAUAUUGUCGUUGCUGUCAACGCAGCUUAUCAGACAUUCAGCAAUGAUUUGAUACUUAAUCAGGUAUUCCGUUAAUCAUCGUGCGGUGAUUAAAAACAAGACAUUGACCUCUGAAAUUGCUUACUCCAUCACCGAAAAUGCAUUUUCUUGACAACAGGAAAUGACCGAGACUCUAACAACUAUAAGUAAAAUGCUGAAAUAUUAUGAUUCAUAAACUAAACAUGAAGUCAUGAUAAUACAUGUACCUUGAAUACCUUUCCAGGACCGAUGAUGAAGCGAGGCAUUUUUCGAGGGGCAUUCCGAGGCGGGCGUCGGUAGGUUAUUCCGAAGUUUCCUUCGAAAUACCAACUAACUUGCGUUUAACAUUGUUCGUAUGAUGAACGUGUACCUUUAUUAACUUAUUUGCCAAAAAUAGAUUAAAAUUCCUCUCAUCUCAUCUUCUCCAUAAUCAAUAUAAGAUUAUCUCAAAAUCCGUACGAAAGGUUGCCAGCUUGCUAUGGAGUACACUGGUCAUUCCUUGAACAUGUUGCACGAUGCCAAAAAUGAUAUAACCCUCUAACAUUCUACAUGUAGAUAAAUAUUAUGACGUAGGACUCUAUAUAGUUAGGCUUUUAAGUAUAGUACACUUAUACUCCAGACACCAAUCUUGUCAUAUCAUGUUAAUAUCAAUAUCGUGUUCCUAUUCUACCCUUUUCUACAGCUCGUCUUCAUUCGCACAAAAGAUGGCGAUCCAUAUAUCAUGUAAUCCAACAUUUUACUAAUCAUCAUGUGCUAAAAGAAAGUAUUAUUUUUAUAAACUAUCCCAUAUGACGGUCUCAUAUUGAGAUGAUGUAUUGUUCAGUUUCUUUCUGAUGUUCAUGUUAUACGCACACUGUGGUCGUAAAAAGUAAGGUGUUGUGGAUAUAAUCCGGAUUUUGAGAUUUGUUGAUUGAUUAAACAUGGGCUCCACUAUAAAAGGAGACAGAUCAUCUGCCAUUCACUCCUUCAGAACCGCAGAUGGAGGUUCUAAUAGUACAUCACGUAAUGCAUUUUUCAAAUUCGGCUAUGCAUUAGAAGGCUACCUGGAUGAGUUAUCAGUUGGUAGGCGCUAUCGUACACCCAACUAUCAAAGUGAGAAGACACAGCGAAAGUUAUAAGCUUUCUUAAAGAAAGGUAUGGAAAUUACGUUGCCCUGGAUAAUCUCGUACACAGGAGAACUUUGUGAUGUCUUUUCAGAUGACGUGUUGUUCAGUUUUUCAUUAUGUUUAUAUCAUAGGCACAAUGUGAUUAGAUUGAUGUCGAUUCCGGGGGGUUAGAGUCAAAAUUAAGGAAAUGUUAAGGUUUUUUUGUUUUGGACCUAUUGACUAAUAAAAUGAAACUUAGCCAUUUAUCAUUCUCGUCAUUGCCAACGGACUUCAGUAAGAUGUCUAUUAAGGGAAAUAUCGAGAUUCUGUGAACGGCAUGGUGUAUACUACAUAUUCGAAUAACUUCAUCAAGGACUGAGCGUGUCGGCGCGACUGAGCACAGAUCAAACGCACUGAAUGCGUGCCGCAAGGAUUUCGAUACCAUGCAGUUUCUGAGGAAAUUGACACGACUCGCAUUGUACUUAUCGUUUGAGAUAAGACUGACUGAUUACAUCGGUGCAUGGCAAUAGACUUGAGAAAUGUCAUCAACAACUGGGUGCAGUGGGUCGGGCCUUGGAGCGCUGCUAAAGGUUUUUUUAAAGGAUAAUGCAGUUAUGAUGUUUAUAUUAGUAAGUGGGUUGUGCAACUUACUGUUUUUUUCCGAAUCUUUUUCGGAGGGGAACAUUGAAUUAUCUAGUCAUUUUGAAUGGGAACUUUUAAGUUAUUGGUGUAUAAUAUCAGUAUCUUUUAAAGUAAUAUGAUACAUGUACAUUUGUACCGUAGCAAAUGUGGUUGUGAUAAUAUAACAUUAUGUCAAAUUUAUAUUAUGGAUAUACAUGUACGUGUAUAAAUGUAUGUUGUAUGCCAUCAUUAGUGAUGUCGCAGUUGACCAAUGCUGAUUAUCAGGCAGU